AUGGUUGACUCCACAGAAAAGGAGCAGUUACGUCUUUCAUCUUGCCUUAAGAAAAGAGAAGAAAUGAAACUUAAGGAGUGUUUUUCCAUACUCCCCCAGAAGGAAAGCCCCUCUGCCUGGUUCUCCAAAGAUGGAAAGCUCCUGUCAGUGACCUUGCUUCUGACCCUGCUGUCCUUCUCUCUCACAGUGGUGUCUUUCUACUGGGUUGCCACCCUGCAAGCAGAGCUGGUGAGCCUCCGGGCGGAACUGCGCUACUACCAAGCUGAGCAGCUGCCAGUCUCUCCUAAGUCAGAAGCUGGAGCCUCCACAGCAGCUUUGCAGGAAACUCCAGCUGUCACCACGGGACUUGAAGGGAUUCUGGCAUCAGCAGUUCCAGGAGAAAGUAACUCCAGUCAAAGCAGCAGGAGUAAACGUGCGGUUCAGGGUCCAGAAGAAACAGUCACUCAAGACUGCUUGCAACUGAUUGCAGACAGUGAUACUCCUACUAUACGAAAAGGUUCUUACACAUUUGUUCCAUGGCUUCUCAGCUUUAAAAGAGGAAGAGCCCUAGAAGAAAAAGAAAAUAAAAUAUUGGUCAAAGAAACAGGUUACUUCUUUAUAUAUGGUCAGGUUUUAUACACUGAUAGCACCUUUGCAAUGGGACACCUAAUACAGAGGAAAAAAGUCCAUGUCUUUGGGGAUGAAUUGAGUCUGGUCACUUUGUUCCGAUGUAUUCAAAAUAUGCCUGAAACACUACCCAAUAAUUCCUGUUAUUCGGCUGGCAUUGCAAAGCUGGAAGAAGGAGAUGAACUUCAGCUUGCAAUACCACGAGAAAAUGCUAAAAUAUCACAGGAUGGAGAUGGCACAUUUUUUGGGGCAUUGAAACUGCUGUGACUUAAUUACAUCAUGUUCAUGGAUAUUUUUCUUCCUUUUUCUGUACCUCUAAGAGGAAAAAACCUAACUGGAAAUACCAAAAGAAAAAAAAAAAAUAAUUACCAUAGUCUUUUCUGUGAGCUAUUUGUUUUGGUUUGCUGAAACUAGACCGUAACAGGAAAUUUAACAGACAACCACAGCCAAAGGGUGUCAUGUGAAUUACAAGAAAUAGGACCCAUUUAAGGAAAGACAGAAUUAGAAAUACUUUUCACUAUAUAGGCAUAUUGAAAAAUUUAGACAUAGCUUCUUGUCUUGGAGGAAGGACACAAUUCAAAGGCGGCAGUAGUGAUUUCUUCAAAACUGAUUCCGUAAUUUGCUAUGGAUCAAGUCUGGAGGAUAUUAAGAUAUUUAUGUGAAAUUUCAGUGUUCCUUUUCUAUUUUUAUGUUAAAUUCCCCUCUAGCUUUUUCAGCUAACAUUGUGUAAAGUGAAAAAAAAAUCUAGAAAUCUUGCGUUAGAUAAAUGCAAAGGUAAUUAAAAGUUUAAAAUUAAAAUAUUAAAGUGGCCAAAAAAGGAUACAACUACGUUUAAGCCUUUUUGGUUUAUUUCAAGCAUGCAACUUUUAUCUCUAAUACUAUAUAUUACCUGAUGGAAUGCACCCAAACUUUUGUCAAAGGAGGAAAGGAAUUCCCUCAUACGUAUAUACUUACAGACAUUUUUUAUUGUUAAUUUCAGUUAUUUCAGAAACUUUAAUGUAAGGUACUUCCAAUUCAUAUAUGGAAAGCCCCAAUUGAGACAACAACUGUAAUUGUUCUUAUAAAAAAUAAAAUUUCCAGUAGAAUUUAAUAAUGCAUUUAUAAUAACGUAUUUCCCUUUACUUCCUGUUCUUCUGUUUCAAGCUGCUGCUUAGUAGUUCACAUAUUGCAGCCUUUUAAAAAUACUAUGUUAAUAGCUAUACAGAAGUUGAGAGAGAAUUGAAGUUCUUGGCAUCCUAAAGUAUGUUAUAUGCUAAGUGCUCAUUAUAAGGAUUAUGAUAUGCCAGAAGACUAUUUUACUUUUCAUUUUAUAGAGAGUCAUACUUGAUAAUGCUGUAAUACUUAUCUUGUUAAAUAUAAAGUUCCCUUGUUUUGCUUGCCCUUUUUUUUGUACUUCAUUGAACAGUAAAUGAAAUA